GAAAGAUGCAACAGCGGAAACAGCUUCUGUGGUCAGAAGCCACCAGGAUGGUUUGCACUUUAGAUCAAGGCUGUAAAAAAGUGAGGCGCAGUCAGGAGAGACAGAGCCAGAAAUUUGAAUGGCAAGAGAUGACUGCGUCAGUGACCUCAAUAACCUGCCUGUGGGUCUGUUUAGCUCUUUGUGCAGCCACAGGGAGAUCUGAAGUGUUCUAUAGGAAAAGUGGAGAGGGGGUGACUAUGAACUGUAAUAAUGCUGAUGGUGCCAAAGGUAUUGAGUGGAAACACAACAAUAACUUAAUUGGAAAAAUAUCUGGAAGAAGUGGAAUAUUGUCUAAAGGGAUCACUGAACUUGCACGGAAAGCAAAGGUAUAUGAAAUUAGGCUGCAAAUUUCUUCAGUGGCGGUCAGUCACUCUGGGACCUACACAUGCAUUGGACACGAUGUGACAAACAAGAAAGUCACACUGCAUCACUCACUGCAUGUCAUGUCAGUCUCUGUGAGUCCUUCAGACACAGUGCUGAUUUCCACUGAUGUGACCCUGAAGUGUGAUGUUGGUGGAGAAUCAACAGCGCAGGUUCAGUGGAUGAAGCCUUCCGGUGUUGAACCUUAUAAAAGCUCUGGCAACACUGUAACCCUGAAUUCUGUGACCUCAGCUGAUGCCGGCCAGUGGACCUGUGAGGUCAGAGAUGAAAAGGGGAAAGUGCUGGGGACCAUAGAAAAGACCCUCAGUGUUACAGGUCCUCUAACAUCCCCCGAGGAAGUUACAGCUCCUCUAGGAGGCGAUGCAAAGCUACCAUGUUUUCUCUCUAAUCCGAGCGGUCUGCAUAUAGUGGGAGGGGGGUGGACACAUAACUCCCCCCAUGAUCUCCAGUUUCUAGCCUUAGCUAGAGACGCCAGUGGCCUACGCUGGAAUGGGAAUAAGUUGAGGGUCGCAUUCAGUGACGAACAACUCACCACCAACUUCACUGUGACGCUGAGAAAUGUGCAGCUUUCUGACGCUGGUGAGUAUAUCUGCAAUCUGACGUUUCAAGAUGGAAAGAGCCUGAGUACUGGGUUGAAUCUGAAGGUUAAGGAAGGAAAGGUCAUUGAAAAGGUCACUGUUGCACCUGGUAAGAAUGGUGGUACAGAGAUUACAGCUCCAUUAGGGGGAACUGCAGAACUGCCAUGUAACCACUAUGAUUCCAGCAGUUCACGGAUAGUCGGAGGUCAGUGGGUACGUGAUCCCCCCACUGACUUCCGGUUACCCAUCUUAAUGAGGUCUGGGGCGAAGGGCCUGCAGUGGAAUGAUACAGAUGUGCCCAAAUCUAAAGUUACAUCCAGUGACCAACAGCCCAGCACCAACUUUAACAUCAGAGUGAAAAAUGUGGAGCAUGGUGAUGCUGGUUUGUACGUCUGCAGUCUUUUGUUUGAGGAUGGAAAGAACUGGAAUACUACAUUAGAGCUGAAGGUUGAGGGUGUCAGUGUUGCUCCAGAUGCACGACCCCCAGACAGUAAACAGUUCUUGCUGAAGCCUGUGCUGUUUGGUUUGGCGUUGUGGAUCUGGAUCGCCAUAGCAGCAGGUUCCCUCCUUCUGAUUGUGCUGGUAGUGGUCAUUGCUUUAGUCCAGUGCAGGACACAGAGAAAGAGGAAAGCAGAGAAAAGUAAAAUUAAGACAGAGAGCGCUUACAUUCGGGAGUCUGUGCCGAUGCAGGAUGAGUUUCCAAAGAAAACGACUGAAAGACGGCCUCGUCCCGGAAUGAAAGAGAGGCCACUUCCUCCGGUUCCCAAAAAUCAGUACAAAGCUAGGAACGUUGGAGGAACUGUAGUGCUUCAUUAUUCUGUCGUUCUCAGUUUCUCUGAUUUCAGGAGCUGGACGGAAGUUGGAUGGGCAGAAAUGUCCUCAUCAGAAACCCUCCUCUGGAUCACUUUGGCUCUGUGUGCAGCCACAGGAGGAUCUGAUGUUUAUUACAAGAAACGUGGACAGGAGGUGACGAUGGACUGUGCUGCUAUAGCCCCAAAGACAACAAGGGAUGUGGAAUGGAAACAGGGCGGUGUCCUCGUCAUAAAAAUUAAUAUCAAAUCUGGAAGUACAUCCAAAGGGAACGCGCCUCUUACUAAGAGGGCAAGGCCAAAUGGCUACGGUCUGAAGAUUCCUUCAGUGGAGGUCGGUGACUCUGGAGACUUCAGCUGCAGUGGAUUUGAUGCAAGAGGGUACCGAAUCACAAAGGAGCACAAACUGCAUGUUGUGUCAGUCUCUGUGAGUCCUUCAGACACAGUGCUGAUCUCCACUAAUGUGACCCUGAGGUGUGACAUUAAAGGAGACUCAACAGCGCAGGCUCAGUGGAUAAAGCCUCUCAGCGCUGAACAUUAUGGAAGCUCCGGCAACACCGUAACCCUGAACUCUGUGACCUCGGCUGAUGCUGGCAAGUGGAUCUGUCAGAUCAAAGACUACACGUGGAACAAGGUGGAGAACAUAGAACAGGUCAUCAAUGUUGUAGGUCCUCUACAAUCCCCUGUGGAAGUUACAGCUCCUCUAGGGGGCGCUGCACAGCUACCAUGUUUCCUCUCCAAACCAAGCGGUCUACAUAUAGUGGGAGGAGGGUGGGCAAAAAAGGCCCCCACUGACCUCCACUUCCUAACCUUAAGCAGAAAUGUCAGUGGUCUGUACUGGAAAGAUGCUAAUAUUCUGGCCCAAGUUGCGUUCAGUCAGGAACAUCUGACCACCAACUUCACUGUGACGCUGAAAAACGUGCGGUUUGCCGACGCUGGUGUGUACAACUGUACGGUGGAGUUUGAUGGUGGACAAAGCCUGAACACUCAGUUAAACCUGAAGGUGGAGGGAGAGAGAGGUGAUGCAAGGGGGAGCAGCUUUUGGGAGAAACCCGUGUUGGGUGUGGCACUGUGGGUCUGGUUUGCCGUAGCAGCAGCCUCUUUCAUUCUGAUUGAUCUGGUUGUCGUCAUUGUACUGAAGAAUUGCAGGAAAAAACGCAGGACAUUCUUUGUCAAAAGGACUCCCAGACAGCCUUUUCCGAGAAGGACGGAAUGGCCGCCUCCUCUUCCCAGACCGGAACACAGUGCUGUAAACAUAUAUGUGCUUAUGUACGACCAUGACGAGUACUAUAUGGAAUAGAACGGAGUUCAGAUCCAUCAGAAAAAGCUGAUAGAUUCUUAUUCCUGUGCCUAAUCAUUUAUCCAUGCUUCAUAAGUUACUCACAGUAUGAUGCUAAUAUAGUUAUGUGCAGUACAUAUUUUUUUCUUAAAAUGUGUAUAAACACAGUCAGGUGAAACAAGUAUUCCACACUGCACUCUCAGACUAAUGAUAAGGAA